AGCUGGUGUUACAUUUCCCUAAAGCUGCAGUAGAACUAGUUAAGUUAGGUGUUAGAGGUGAACACUGGCCCAGACAGUCCACAGAGCAGCAUCAGGAUGGAAGGGAUCUUCAUUGGUGUCUUGUGUCUCUCAGGGUGCCUCACCUUCUCCACAUGCCUCCUCCAUCAGUACCACUUUAUGUCUAAUGCAAAGACUUGGACUGAAGCUCAGAGCUACUGCAGAGAGAAGUACACAGACCUGGCCACUAUUGAAAACACUGAAGAAAUGAAGAAACUUAAAGACACAGUUUCUGCUGCUGGUCACAGCUCCGAGGUUUGGAUUGGCCUGUACAGUCAUAUUGACUGGAAGUGGUCAGAUGGGUUCAACCAGAGUGGAGCUGAAUAUAGGAACUGGGGUAAUGGUGAACCAAACAAUAAUUUAGCCAAUGAGCUCUGUGUGGCCGAGAAACAGGAUGUAACAUGGCAUGAUUAUGGCUGCCAUAGUAAGACGGCAUUUGUCUGCUACAAUGGAACAUUAGAGGAUUCUGACUUUGUGCCAGUGAAUACAGUAAAGAAUUGGUCUGAGGCUCAGAGGCACUGCAGAGAAUACUACACAGAUCUGGUCACUCUGAGGAACGACGCUGACAACAACAAGACACAGAACUUGAUAACAAAUUUCAAAACGGCAUGGAUCGGUUUGUACAGAGAUCCUCAAAUUUACUGGUCCGACGGGAGUGACUACUCAUUCAGCUCCUGGUAUCACGGUUUCAACCCACUUGGCUGGAAGAAAGUCGUAUGUGGUGUGGCAGAUUUGGAGAAGGGAGGAAACUGGAGGUUAUUUUCCUCAUCAGUGAAGUCGUUGGUGAAGGUGAAGAUACAGGACUCCUCUCUGGACCUGAAUGAGCCUGCUGUGAAAGAACAGAUUCUGAAACAGGCAAGUCUCCAAAAUCCACCCUGA